CUGUGAAGUGAUUUGGUGGAAUUGGUGGAAGAGGUGGUGAACGAGGAGUUGGGAUCAGGGAAAUUGGACACUGAUAUCUAGAAGAAAUGGGACUAGCGGAGAGAGAGGCCGAAAUGCAGGAGCUAGAAACCUCGAGACCCGGCAGAUCGCGAGAUCUCUUUGGCGUGCAGCUCGAGGUUACCUCUUUACUUUUAGAAGGUGAACGCAGAAAACUUGCAGUCCUCCAGAGGGAACUGCAAGUAGCUCUUGAAGAAGGAGGAAGCGUGAAAGUUAAAGAAAAGCAACGGCAGGAAUUGCUGCACGCCAUAUCGAAAAUUCAAGGACAGCACGAACAACUCGACAAGGAAUAUAGAAUCCACGCUGCCGGUGUUCUCUUAUGCAACUCGAGGGGUUCCGGGAAGGUAAGCGUUUUGUCAUUAUUCUUUCCUCCCUUGGCCGUGAUUUACCGAAGAUAA